UGUGCGCCACGUGCGCGAACGGCGGCCAGGAGAGCCCCAGCGGGGCGGCCAGCGGGCAGCGGGCAGCGUGAUGGACACUCCCCCGCUCUCAGGCUCCGACUCGGAGUCCGAGGAGUCUCUUGUCGCGGACCAAGAGUUGCAGGAUGCGUUUUCCCAGGGACUGCUGAAACCCGGCCUCAACGUCGUUCUGGAGGGGCCGAAGAAGGCGGUGAACGAUGUGAGCGGCCUGAAGCGUUGUCUGGCCGAAUUCAAGCGGGAUCUGGAGUGGGUCGAAAGGCUGGACGUGACCCUGGGGCCGGUGCCGGAAAUCAGCGAGCCGCAGUCGACGCCGCAGAGCAAGGAUCCGAAAGCUGUUGACCCAGAGGACGACUUCCAGCGGGAGAUGAGCUUCUACCGGCAGGCCCAAGCUGCAGUGCUUGCAGUCUUACCCCGUCUGCAUCAGCUCAAAAUUCCUACCAAGCGGCCCACUGAUUAUUUCGCGGAGAUGGCCAAGACUGACCAGCAGAUGCAGAAGAUCCGACUGAAGCUGCAGGCUAAGCAAGUCGCCAUGGAGAGAUCCGAGAAGGCGAAGCAACUGCGAGCACUUCGGAAAUACGGAAAGAAGGUACAAACAGAGGUCCUUCAGAAGAGGCAGCGGGAGAAAGCACAUAUGAUGUCUACCAUUAAAAAAUACCAGAAAGGUUUCUCGGAUAAACUGGAUUUCCUAGAGGGAGAUCAGAAACCUGUCGCACGGAACCCGAAGGAGGGCACUAAAGGCCAGCAGCCAAAGAAGGGUCCCAAUGCCAAACGACGCUAUAAAAAUCAAAAGUUUGGUUUUGGCGGAAAGAAGAAAGGCUCCAAGUGGAACACGCGAGAGAGUUAUGAUGAUGUAUCCGGCUUCCGGGCCAAGAAAGCUCAUGGCAAGGGCCUGAAGAGGCCUGGGAAGAAAGGAUCCAAUAAGAGACCUGGAAAAAGAACAAGAGAAAAAAUGAAGAGCAGAGCACGCUGAGUAAGCAGCAUCUUGUAUAUAAAGAACCAAGACAGAGAGAUGAAGGCUUGGAAUUCUGUAAUAGUUGGCAUCCAUUUUAUUGGUUUCUUUUUUUUCUUUAACUGUCAAAAAAUAACGAUUUCAAAAAACUACACUGUUGGUUAAAAAUUUAAAAUUGAAUAUUUAGAAAUAAUGUUUCUAUUGAAUAAUAAUUUAAACUUUAAGUCCAAAUUGCCUCCUUCAAAUGACAAAUGAAUAUUAGACAUGUAACCCCCACAGUUGUUCUUCUUCAUUCUUCCAUAUAGUUGUAUAAGCAUUGUAGAUAAGUUAGUAUUCUGUAUAUAUCAUGAUUGUUUAAGUAGAAAAUAAUGUAGAAUUAUGACUAGCACUGUAGCACUGUUCAUCGAUUUGCUCAAGCGGGCACCAGUAAUGUCUCCAUUGUGAGACUUGUUACUGCUUUUUGGCAUAUCAAAUACGCCACGGGGAGCUUGCCAGGCUCUGCUGUGCGGGUGGGAUACUCUUGGUAGCAUGCCGGGCUCUCCGAGCGGGACGGAGGAAUCGAACCUGGGUCGGCCACGUGUAAGGCAAAUGCCUUACCCACUGUGCUAUCGCUGUGCUAUCUGUGCUGUCGCCCAGAAUCAUGAAUACUCUGAUCAAUUUACCUUUUUGGUAGAGUAUGAGAUUUUCUUUAGCACCUUGUAUUUUUUUGCAUAUAUGAUUUUUUUCUUCAUUGUUUUUCUUUCCAUUGUCUUAUUCACUGUGUAAUUUUAAUGCCAUUACUUGGGUCAAAUUCUAUAUUUUUCUGCCUUACCUUACUUACUGGGUUUUUUGUUUUUGUCGUGUUUUUUUUUGGUGCUAUGUGCCAUUCACGAAUAUAUUUCUAAGAAAAGGAACAUAGUUGAAUGUUUUGAUCUUGCAUUUUGGAGUUGCUUGUACUUUGCUAUGUAUAUUCUGAGAAUGACAACAGGUGCCACUUGGCCUUGUGGCUUAGAGGGUGGCCACUGGUAAGGCUGGUGCCAUUCCAUUUCUCAGUUUUUUCUGAAAUUUUGCCUCUCUUUCAGUCUUCCAGGGAAUCUCAAAUUUUACAAGAUACUCCUUGGAAUAGAUCUGCUUUUAUUAGGGGAUUUGGAAGGAUCCAGGCUCUUCAUUUCUGGCAGAUGUUGGUAACCCUCCCCUAGUUAUUUACUGCAGUUCUGAAAUGUGUGUUAGUAAAAUUUUGAAUCUCAUAAUAUUCUAAGUUAAGAAAGAUCUCUUUUUUUCUAGUCAUUUUAUUAAACUUUUUAGUUCUCAUUUCUCAUUCUUUCCUGUGCGUUCUUUAUUCUGUCUUUUCUACUUUUUUCCUCCCUCCUUCCACUCUUCCCUUCUUUCUUUCUGAAACCAGGCCUUCAGGAAUGCAUCUCCAGUGCCCUGCUGAGUUAUAUCCUGAGCCUUACACGUUUUUAUGCUCUUAUUAGAUGCCCAGUCUAACUAUCUCUCCCAGAGUAUGAAUCAGUUUAUUUUUUCAAAAAAAACAAAACAAAACCAAAGCUCCUGUUUCCUUGAAUGUCCCCAGACUCUGUGCAUUUGACCCUGUUCUUCAUUUUUUAUUUUUUAACAGUUGCCUAGAAAUAUGAAAACAAAGAUACAGGAGCCAUGCCUAUUACAGUGGCAGGGACGCACAGGAAACCUCACUUACUGUACGCUUCCUAUUUGAUGUCGGGCAAGGGAAGUUUUCCUUUCUUGUGAGUGGGGAAGGGGGCUUUUAGGUUACGCCCAGCUGUUUCCAGGGCUUGCUCCUGACUCUGUGCUCAGGGAUCACUCCACACGGGGCUGGGGUGGGGACCGUGUAUGGUGCUGGAGUUUGAACCUGAGUUGGCUGUAUAGAACAUUGUGUACCACAUCAGAGUCUGUGUCUGUUUAUUUUCUGGGGUGGCUUUCCUUAAUGUUUGAUGUGCGUUGGUGGGACAUAGUUGAAAAGUACUCAGUUUUCUGGAAUGCGAUGUGAGUUGGCUGGUCACAUUAUGUAUUGGACUUCAUUCUUGUUGCUAGGGUGGGAAGUUCGUUCACCUACACCCUCUUCAUUCCAGUUUCUUACUCUAAGAAAGUGAGAAAUCUGUUUGUUGAAUAAUUUUCUUAUUAAAAUAGCAGUGCUGUAUAACAUGCAUUACAGGUGUGCGUCAUUAUAAACCAUGUAUUUAGACAACAUGAAUUUCACCAUGAAAUCCCAUACUGUACUUA